CACUUCUGUCGGUCUCGACAAACCUGACAAUCAACCUCUAUUCGCCUCGACAUCGAUAUUGACGUCGUAAGGGCCAUCCGUCGCCCGCUCGUCAAAAUGCAAAUCCGCAGCACCUCCAUCUCGUCCUCGAUCCUUGCCGCCAUAUCGAGCGACUCCAGCAAUCCCGACAAGCCAAGCCUGCAGAAACGCAUCUUCCGCGUCUUAGCUUCGUUUCUCUCCGUCUUCCACCUGCCCCUCGCCCGCUAUCACGCCGCCGACUUUCUCGAGCUUCGUCACAAUGUCUGGAAGCUCGACGAGCAGGAGUACACGACCUCGUUCCGACUCGCCCAGAAGGCCGCCAAAGGCAAGGGCCGCGAGUCCGACCUCAAGCCUGUCGGCGACCUGGGCUACAGCGGCUCGACCUUCUUCACGACUGCCGACGGCAAGUUCCUCGUCAAGUCGCUGCCCCGCCGCUUCGAGCACGAGUUCUUCACCCACGAUCUCUUCGACGCCUACGUCGCCCACAUGAAGAAGCACCCCCACAGUCUGCUCGUGCGUAUCACCGACAUGGUCUACACCUCAAUUGCCACGCUCGGUGGCAUCCUGGGUACAGCUCCGACCCAUCACAUCAUUAUGGAGAACCUGCUGUACGGCAAGUCGGAGGAGGAGACGAGCCACAGAAAGAAGCAGUGGGAGACGUACGACCUCAAGCCGAAUGACUACUUCUUCCCUGAGAGGGACAUCGCCAACGGCCACCUGGCACCGGAGAGCGUCAAGGAGAGGCUGAUUGACGAGUUCGACGACAAGGUCCGCGUCACGCCCGCGCAGAAAAAGGAGCUGCUUGACCUCCUUGAAGCAGACACCCGCGUGCUCGCCGACAACAACGCCGUCGACUACUCGCUGUUCAUGGUCCGCUACCCGGGCCCCAACGUCCUGGACGAGGCCCGCAGUGUGCCCACCAUCCAGUCCGACGCCAACGAGUGGCGCACUGGCCUCACUGACGUCGACGGCAACUGGACCUACCGCAUCAUCGUCCUCGACUUCUUCUGGGCCAAGCACAAGUUCCGCGCCAAGGCCAUGACGGGGCUCGUCAAGUCGUAUAACAUCUUUGCCGGCCACGGCCCCAUGAGUAUCACGGCCAAUCCCGCAGAGUAUCGUGAGCGAUUCCUCAACAUGGUCCGUGACUUUGUUAUCGAGGCGUGAGAUGCGAGGCCUGUAAGCGGUGGGCGCUGGGCGAAACGUUUUUUUCGUUGGCUUCUUGUCCUCUUCAAAUCUUGUCCUUUCUCUGUUUCUUUUUUCUUCCUUCUGUUUUUAAGCGCGGCGUUUAUGAUGGGAUGCACACGUAUCAUACCCCAUGAAUCGUUUCUAGCAACAGUGUCUGUCUUCCAUCGAGAUACCAUGAAAAAAGCCCUUGUCUUCUCUCUGUCGCAAUUGGCGCUCCACUUUUGAGACCGCGAUUUGUGACUGUCCCCG